GCGUAGGGUUGCCAGGUCGCUGAAAUUCGCUAAAAGAUGGCGACGCGCACUUAAUUUUUUGUUUUUUCCCACAUAAUAAAAUAGAAUUAAAGCAAAAUAAAAGCAUCGUCUGAGCAACAAUCAGAGACUGUUAAAUCGCGAAGUGAAAAUACCUAAACAAAUAGCAUUGCAAGGCUCCAAAACGAAUUGCGAGUGGAGUGAAACCAAUACAAACAUUAACAUGUCGGUGGCCAGAAGAGAGCAACAAGUGUGUGAAAAUCGAAUUGUGGUCGUUUAAAAUGUUUGGAGGAGCAAUCAGUGCUCCUGGCGGCAGGUAGAUCGCCACCAUUCGCUCCAGGAUAUCCCAUUUCAUCAAAGAAACGUCAGAAUAUCGCCCUAAAAGGCCAGGCAGUAGCGUCUGCACACGUAACCUUGUGUGCGCGUAGCACGGAAGCUGCUUGUCGGAAUCGGGUUUGUAGUUGGCCCUGGCCACGGGCCAUUCCCAGAUCCCCAGGACGUCGGGUACGUCACCGAGGAGGAUGGACACCACAUCCGCAGCUGGAUCUGGAGCCGGAACUGGCGACGUCUGCCCCUGCUCCACGGUAGCCGCCUCAACGGCCUCUAACGAGCAACCGCAGACCAAGCGCCAGAAGAUCGACCAGCAGAUAAAGGUGGGCUCCAAGACCCUGCCGCCUCCACCGCCGGACAUACUGGACCUGGACGCCAACAGCAACAGCCACCUGUGCUCCUCGCUAUCCUCGUCCUCAUCACACUCGCUAUCUACGCCCAGCAGCGCCAACAACUCGCCAACCAUCACGCCCUGCAGCUCACGGGCGACAUCCUACGCCCAAUUGCUGCACAACAUCUUGCCACAAAAUGGAGACACGGACUCACACAGCCAAUCGGAAUCCACACAGGACGAGGUUGAUCGGGUGGCUAAAUUGCCCGACCUUCUCACCCUCAGCACGGCUAACAACAGUAGCAGCCACCUGAGCAGCAGAAACAACUGCAUCCCAACGACAGCAGCAACAACCAUCGACGAUAUGCUGGAGUUCGAGCAGUCCUUGACCCGCCAGUGCCUGUGCGGGGUCUCAGAGCGAACGCUGCGUAAGCCCUUCCAGUCCCAUUACUCACAGGACACCAACGGCCAGAAGCGGAUAGCCUAUCUGCGCGAGUGGCCCACCAACAAGCUGCUACAGUUCCUGUCCAACCUGCAGCUGCUGUUCGACAUCUACCUGAAGCAGAACGCCAAGGGCUUUAUCUGCACGCGAAUAAUGGACGUCUGCGACGCACUGAUCCGUAAUGACCACAAGCUCAUCGACGAGAUCAUCGUUCUGGCCGGCUACGACAACUCGUACGUACAAUUCCUGGCGGGUCGUGUGCUCGCCGCAUUCCUGGUGAUUGCCAAGCAGGAGCUGAACGACGAGUGGCUGCAGAAAAUCGUAGAUCAGCUGUUUAACUUCGAGCAACUCGACCAGGCGGCGGUGCAGAAGAUCCACUUUAGCCUGGACAUCAUUAAGCGCAUUGUCGAGUGGAAGGACAUGGAGAUCCAUCCGCUGGACGACGACUGGAUGGCGGCAGCGAAUAGUGCAAGCGCUGCCACAUCAGUUGUCCCUCUGCCAACGGAGGCGUCCGUUAGCUACAUGCACUUUCCCGUGCAGGAGCAGCCGCUGGCCACCAACUACUUUGCGUUGCAGUUUCGCGAGGAUACAGAUGCUGAGCGAGAUGAGGAGCGGGAAUCGCCCGACAACCGCGAUCGGCACCGGCGGCACUUUGGCGAGGAGAUGAACGUUGCCUACGAACCGCAUCCCGCUCCCCAGUCCACGACAAUGCCCAGUGGAUGCCAUGUGGUCACGCUCACCGAUUCGGAAAGCUUUGACACGACGCACCUUAAGUGCAUAACUAUUCAAAAGCUGGAGCACAAAUGGCCAACGCUGGUGAAGAACAUGUCGGAACUGAUGGCACCGACUCACCAGGAUGCAGCUGAGCACUGUGUGCUCAACUUCCUUCAGCUGUGGGAGAACAUCAUCUCGGUAAAAGCCAAUCUGUCCAUUGACGAGACGCGGCCCUACUACGCCCAACUGGACAAGUUUGAGCUGCUGCUCAGCCACAGCCUAUCCUGCACCGUGUACAAGCAGAUGCUGUGCCUUUUCAAUGAGGCAUUGUGCUAUGGCUCCACGCUGGCGCUGCAGGACAUGCUGCCCGAGGAGACGUGCAAACUGGCGCACCAGAUCGUCUGCCACGUACGUGGCUUCCGCAUCUUGGAGUCGUUGCCUCGUCGCCAGCCGGACAACAUGGUCAGCCUAAUCGGAUACAAUGGCAGGCCACUAGUUUAUGCCAAUGGCACUAUUACCCUGGCCCAAGCGGCACAUUCUGUUGGUGGCGGCCAGGAUGACGACAGAGAGAGUGGAGUGGCGCCACUGGACCUCAUCGAAAUGGACAAGACGCUGCUGCAGAAAAUGGUCCUCCUGGUGCUCAAGUCGAUAGCGGUGACGGUAAAGGAGAUUCGCAGCGAUUCCUCGGAUUCUUCCAUCGAUUCCAGCGACUAUGAUGCCUUCCAGGACAUGAUGCUCAUUGAACGCUCGAUCCGCGAUGUUCUGAGCAAGCUGGAGACGUUCAUCAAGCAGACGCUGGAGUUCCAUCCGGAGUGCCACUUCAGCAAGAUACUGAUCCACCUGUUCGACGACCAGGACGACCAUCUGAUUGAGGCCAUGGUCUGCACGCUGGACGUCACUUCGGGCAUCUCGUUCCGCAACAACGCCUUUCCCGAGCUGGUGGCCAUGCUGAAUCCGGUGUACACAUUCCUGGAGUUCCUCAAGAUGACGUCGAACAGCUCGGACCUUCUUCUGGACCUGCUGGUGAGCAACGAGACCUGUUUCCUGCUUUACCUGCUGCGUCUGCUCAAGUACAUCCGCAUGAACUGGACAAUGUUCGUGCACAGCUGUCACACUUUCGGCAUGGGCAGCGCCAUGCUGGACGAGGCGAUGGGCGUGCUCAUCCGACUGCGGCUGCAGAUAUCCCGCCUGGUGUCGCGCCAGCUCUAUCCCUACGACAUUUCGCCGGUGCUGCGCCUGCUGGAGAGCUGCGAAAGUCUCUACGAGGGUAACGAACUGAGCUGAAUGCGGCGCAGGCCUGAACUUCCAACCACAUGCAAUUAAAAUACGUAAUUUAUUUUAAUAUUUAAUGGAAUAGGAGAAACUAGCGCAAAAUUCGAUGAAGAAGGAAGCCUUGUAGAAUACGUGUAUUAGCCGUAGGUACCGCUCCGACCAUAUCUCCGCACCCCGAUCCAAUAACGCGAUAACCGUAGUUAAGUUCUUGCACCCUUUCAUCCGCUUCGCAGGCCUUUUAACCUAGAUACAUAACUGUAUGUAAUUGUCAUUGUAAUGAGCAUCACAAGUUCGUAGUUAGUUCGUAGUUAAUGGUUAUAUCAUAGGUACUGAAUUCCAAACUAAACACUACGCUAGCCUAAGAUUUUUUUAAUCUUGCCCUAAGUAGAAUAAUGUACAAUAGGAUGGCAAAAUGGCAAACGUUGAUCCACUCUCCGCGGAAAGUGAGCAUAAAUUCGGUGUCUUCAAGAAGAAUAUUCUUUGUACGUUUUUUAAAACACUUGAAUAAUAUAACUUAAUUAACUGAUUAAAAGAAACGCAUUAAGAACUACUAA